AUGAGCGACGAAAGUUCGAGCCCUCUGACCACACUCAAAAUUCUCAUAAUCGGGGAGAGUGGAGUAGGAAAAUCGAGGUAUUAUUGGCCCCCAAAUUUCCUUAAAAAUAGGUUUUUGUUCAGUCUAAUGCUCCGAUUCGUCGACGACGUUUUCGACCCCGAGCAAGCGGCGACCAUCGGUAAAAAUACGGUUUUCACAUUUCUAAGAAUAGUUUAGCGGUUUCCAGGCGUCGAUUUCCGUGUCACAUCGAUGACGAUCGACGGGAACCGCGUCAAACUGGCCAUCUGGGAUACGGCGGGCCAGGAGCGCUUCCGCACACUCACGCCGAGCUAUUAUCGCGGAGCGCAGGGCGUGAUUUGCGUGUACGACGUGACGAGUCGCUCUAGUUUUGAGAAGUUGAACCAUUGGAUGCAGGAGGUGGACACCUACUCGACCAACGACAAUAUCAUUAAAAUGAUGGUCGCCAAUAAGAUCGAUAUGGUACUUGACUCGUUUCGUUUUGAAGGAGGCAUCCGGAAAUGUACUAACUCGGCAAAUGCCUCCUUUCUAACAGUUUUUGGAUUAAAGUCUUGCAAUUUUCCAGCCGAACCGUGUAGUUUCCCGCGAAGAAGGUCUGAAAUUCGCAAAGCGCCACCGCACUCUGUUCAUUGAGGCGAGUGCGAAGACUAAGGAGGGUGUGCAGUGCACUUUUGAGGAGCUCAUUGAGAAAAUCAUCCAAACACCCGACUUGUGGGACAAUGAUCGGCCGACUUUCCGACUGGGACAAGCCGCCGAGGCCAACGGCGGACCUUGUGGAUGCUAA